UGACAAGGCCGCGCACUCGCACCCAUUGUGUCCCGAGGGGCUGUUUGUGCACGAUAUCGAAGCCGACGCCGUCAAUUUUAUUCAAACUCAAACCGAUAUCCUCCCCUUUUUUUCCGAACGUAACAAUCAGUCACAAUGGGUAUCGACCGUGGUGGCAGAGGUGGCGGCCGAGGCGGUGGCUUCCGCGGUGGUGGUGAUCGCGGCGGACGCGGCGGAGCGAGGGGCGGCGGCCGUGGCGGUCGUGGCGGCCCUGCUCGCGGCGGCCCCGCUCGCGGCGGACGUGGUGGCCGUGGCGGCCGGGGAGGCGCGCGCGGAGGUGCCCGUGCGAAGGGAGCAAAGGGCGGCAAGAAGGUCAUUGUCGAGCCCCAUCGCCACAAGGGCGUGUUCGUUGCUCGCGGUGGGAAGGAGGAUCUGCUUGCUACGGCCAACCUGGUCCCUGGCGAGUCCGUGUACGGCGAGAAGAGAAUCUCCGUCGAGAGCGCUGGCAAGGGAGAUGACGCUGUUGCGACCAAGACCGAGUACCGCAUCUGGAAUCCUUUCCGGAGUAAGCUUGCCGCCGGUAUUCUCGGCGGUCUAGAGACGAUCUACAUGAAGCCCGGCUCUAAGGUUCUCUACCUCGGUGCCGCCUCGGGUACCUCAGUGUCCCACGUUGCCGAUAUCGUCGGACCAACUGGCGCCGUCUAUGCCGUCGAGUUCUCGCACCGCUCUGGCAGAGAUCUCAUCAACAUGGCGACACGCCGUACCAACGUUAUCCCGAUCGUUGAGGAUGCUCGCAAGCCGAUGGCUUACCGGAUGCUCCUGCCGAUGGUUGAUGUCAUCUUUGCCGAUGUUGCCCAGCCCGAUCAGGCCAGAAUUGUCGGUAUCAACGCCAGACUGUUCCUGAAGCAGGGUGGCGGUCUCCUCAUCUCCAUCAAGGCUAGCUGCAUUGACAGCACUGCCCCCCCUGAGCAGGUGUUCGCGAGCGAAGUGCAAAAGCUCCGCGAAGACAAGUUCUUCCCCAAGGAGCAGCUUACUCUUGAACCGUACGAGCGUGACCACGCCAUGGUGUCCUGCGUCUACCUGCAGAAGGAGUUUGAGGCCAACUGAGAGCGAUCUCGAUGUGCUUCUUGACUCUUUUCCAGGGCGUUCUCACAUGGGCUGGUGUUCAACAGGACGGUUGGCUUGUUUGAGUCUGGGCGGCGAAUGGCGUUUGGGGCUUGAUCUUCAGCAUGUGUGUGACUAGAGUAAGUAACAGGAUGUAAAUUGACAUCUUUGGCGGAACCGGUCACUUCCCCCGCGUGGUUUCUGCCGUGCCAUGCGGCAGUCAAACGUCCUUUUCUUCUUUGCAACCGGGCAGAGAAAGGGGCUAGCCGUUAUGUACACCGGUCACGUCUGUCAGGAGCGGGAGGUAGGCGCCGCAGGGAUACCGUACUCCCUUAGGGGUAAGAUUGGAAAUGCGGAUGUUGGGGCACCGGCGAGCUAGGCAGCUCAAGCAAUGUGAUGGGCGCGCCUGAUUCCUGGAUGGGACACUUGAUGUCCGAUACUUCUUCGCAUGCCUAGUGCCGUGGCACGUCCCUGGCAGUCGUUGAAAACUGAACAUGCGCCCUCCUGAAUCAAGCCUCAUAAGGUUCCCUUAGCGUCAAGUCAGCUGAAAUCCCAAACACACACACGCUCGCAUCAUGGUCGGGACCCCUGGCAGUCUUAGUCCUUCGCGCGCAUGCGCGUGGGACGGCUGAUGAGCAGCCGCCUGGGAGAAAGGCUGGAGCUUGGUUGUCACCCGUGCUCCUC